AUCUUUCAUACGCUCCCUGAUCCAAGGCUCGGAUUCGCGGUCAAGUAUAUCUACUGGUUCUCUGCAAGAAUGAGCUGAGAGGUUGCGCGCAGCAUGUCGUACGCCAACCACCCGGCGCGGCCCUCGACGCCGCCGGGCGGUCGCUCGUCGUUGGACAAGUACACCUCGUCGGCAAACCGCUCCUAUUCGCAUUUGCAGCAACUCUACCUGGAUCCGCUCCACAGCCCCCUCUCCUACGGCCUUAGCAAGCGCGGCAGCUACACUGGUGGAGCCGCGCCGCUACGCUCGUCGAUCUCCCACCCAUUCCCCUCACAUGCCGAAUCUCUACGCGACGUCGCAGCUCUGGAGAAGCUGCUCGAGGGCGAAGCGGGCAAGUGGGAGCAUGCGCGCAAGGACGAGGAGGAGCUUAAAGCGAUUGGACGCAUGAAGAAUGGUUCUCGGCUUGUGGCAUACUAUGAGCGUCAGAACAGCAUUCUCGACGGCUGGAAGGAGGUAGACCUUGUCCUUGGCAGUCAUUUCCCGUACGAAGUCAUGAUGCGCUUCGGCACGGAGGCAGAGAUUGCAGAGAUGAACGCCAGUCGAAAGGCUCGCAAGCUUCAGAGACGCAGCUCGAGUGCGGACAGAAGCACCACCAAUCGGAUUCAUCGUCUUCUGCACAAGAGCGACGAGUCGAACAGUGACGACAGUGACGACGGCUUUCAGGAGGACGACGGGUCGGAUCAGGAGCUCGAGAGCCCGCAGCCCGGCGGCUCGCGGCACGGCUUUGCCCGAGCAGCUAGCGCGCUCUCUGGUCUCUGGUUCGGCAAGGGCAAAGCCCCUGGCGUGCAAGAAUCUCCAGAAUGCGAUCCGCUCCUCUCCAGCUCGCAAAGCAACCCGUCCGAUCUCGAAGCCCAGCGCGAACGUCAACUGAGCAGACUUGGCAGGGGACAAGCCAACACCCUUUCGAAUGUGCCGGAGCACUGGUCAAGGUAUGGAAGCAUCCUUGAGGAUCCCUCCAAAGGCGUAUGUUCGGAUGAUGCAGCCUCUGGAGUUCCAAGUGGCCAAGACAGCAACGCCAACGCACACUAUGCCAACGGCCACUUGGUGAUCACCGACGAACCCCGGCUGGGCACCAUGUUCAGCAAGGCUAGCAGCUCCGAGGAAGGCAGCCUGGAUCGCCGGUUCAAAGAAGAGACCGCGAUCACUCGGAGAAGCGAGAACGAGAAACUCAUCCGUGAUAUGAGCGACUCGCGAAGCGGGAUCUCUGACCCGAAGGUAUCGAACGGUACCGACGACGUUGGCCGCAAUGGGAGUGACGGUCACAACUCUGCAUCUGCUGCCGCUUCUGGUCAACCUGAGGAUGCAAAUACAAAGAAGGCCGCGAGGGGCCAGUCACGCACGCGCGCGACUGACGGGAACCGAGAGCGUGACCGCAAGCGGCUGUUGGCAUCAGUACCAGGACUUGCAGAGAAGGAGAGCGAGGCGGAGCGCUCCGUGCAAUUUGCGAUCAAUAUCAACCUUGUGGUCAAUGUGCUCUUGCUUGCGGGCAAAGGAAUUGCUGUCUUGUCGUCGAACUCAAUAUCUCUGCUAGCCAGCUUGGUUGACUCGGCGCUGGAUCUGUUGUCCACUUUGAUUAUUUUCGUCACGUCUAAGGCUAUUGCUUAUCGCUCAGUACACACUAUGAGCAAGUAUCCGGUCGGAAAGAAACGUUUUGAGCCGCUCGGCGUGGUCGUUUUUUCUGUUUUAAUGAUCGCCUCCUUCUGCCAAGUCUUGGUCGAAUCCUGUCAGCGGCUGUGGGCAGUCAUCAAGACCGGCAGUGAACUGCCGGACGCCGCGACGAAUCUGCCGCUGGUUGGCAUUAUCUUCAUGGUCGCUACGAUCGGGAUCAAAGCGGUGAUGUGGCAACUUUAUCGGUCCAGCCGGUCCAGCGGAGUCAGAGCGGUGGCGCAAGAUGCUGAGAACGAUGUCGUCUUCAACAUCGCCUCCCUCGUAUUCCCCGUGCUUGGCGCCUUCCUGAAAGCCCCAGCUCUGGAUCCGAUCGGCGGUAUCGCGCUGUCGAUUUACAUUAUCUCGGAAUGGGUGCACACUCUCGCUGAGACAGUCACCAAGCUCUCUGGCUCCGUCUGUGGCUCGCACGAGAUCGCCAGGGCGCUCUACCUCAUCCUGCGCUUCAAGGCCGUAAGAUCUGUCAGCGCUUUUGAGAUGUUCCAUUCUGGCGACGAUAUGAUCGUCGAGUGCGACCUUGUCCUUCCAUCAACUAUCAAUCUGAAAGACGCCCACGACGUUGCAGAGAUUAUGACAUACUGCACCGAGUGUCUCAGCGAGGUCGAACGCGCCUACCUGCACCUGGAUUACAACGAGCGCGGCCCAAGUGGACACAUGACCUUGCGAGGGUGAUCCAUGAUACAGCGGGUCUCAGCACGAAAAUUCGGCCCACUAUCUUUCUACAUUUUGUACAAUAGAGCGCACCAUGGAUACCCAGGGUUUCGCUGCCACUUCCCGGGUUCAGAGCAGAUGGAACCG